AUGGCUGGAUCUGAAGUAAGGGCUCCUGUAUUUUCAGGAGAGAACUAUGAAUUUUGGAGAAUCAAGAUGGUCACCAUUUUCAAAUCCUUCGGGCUUUGGAAAUUUAUGGAGAAAGGAAUUCCAGUUUCUGCUGGGAAGCUAAAGGGGAAAAUCGAAGAGGCUGAAGGAAGCUCAGCAAGUGAAGAUGAUGAACAGAUGAUGGAGUCUUACAUGAAGGAUGCAAAAGCUUUGGGGAUUAUUCAAGGUGCUGUUACCGAUCAAAUUUUUCCAAGGAUAGCAAAUGCAGAGACUGCAAAAGAAGCUUGGGAGCUCUUGUACAAAGAAUUUCACGGUGGAGAUCAGGUAAGAUCUGUGAAAUUGCAAAGUUUAAGGAGAGAUUUCGAAUACACUAGGAUGAAGGAUGAUGAAACACUGUCCAAUUAUCAUACAAGACUAAAUGAUCUAGUAAACCAGAUGAAAACGUUUGGAGAGACACUGUCAAAUGAAAGAAUGGUUCAAAAGAGUCAAGAGCAGAGACUUGACCAGCAAGUUACUGAUUCUACAGAGAAAGCAUUCUCUACAUUGUCUGUGAAUUCCAAAAUACAAAACAAAGGAGUGUCACAAUCUAAUGUAGCUAAGUUUCAAAAGUCAUGGUCCUCAAAAGAGAAGAAAUGGGAACCUAAACAAAAAUUUCAGCAAAGGUUUCAUGGAGCUCAAGUGACAAACACACAUGCUGCAAACACUAUUCACGGAGGGAGUAGAUGGCAGGUUGGAAGCAGUCAAGAUAAUUCAAACCACAAUGCAGAACCUGUGGCAAGUAUCAUUUUGGAGAAUGUAGAUUUAAAGGCAAGCCAAAAUGCUAUAAUUGUGACAGGUUUGGACAUUGGGCAAGAGAAUGUACAAUUGGAAGAAAUGUGCAGAAAGCCAAUUGUACAAAUCAGAUGGAAAUGA